AUGAGCUCGAAGAAUGUGAGAUUAAGCAAUGGGAGACCUAUCACUCUUGACAAGGGAGUAGUGUACUCUGCUCGGGCCUAUAAAAUUCCAGAAUGCACUCGAGCUGCUGCUGGCACACCACUGGUCCAAAUUUUGUCCUUAUCUGAUGGUGAGAGAAUAACUUCCAUUAUUCCCGUGGGAGAGUUAGCUGCAGACCAGUAUCUUAUAAUGCUUACUGUGAAUGGCUUCAUCAAAAAAGUUUCUUUGAACUAUUUCUCAUCAAUCAGAUCAACAGGAAUCAUAGCAAUUCAACUGGUUCCUGGUGAUGAACUAAAAUGGGUUCGUUGUUGCACAAAUGAGGACCUUGUGGCCAUGGCUUCACAAAAUGGGAUGGUUAUUCUAAGUAGUUGUGAGAUUAUUCGAGCUCUAGGGAGAAAUACAAGAGGUUCAAUUGCCAUGAAACUGAAGAAAGAAGAUAAAAUGGCAAGCAUGGACAUAAUACCAGCAGCCAUGCGGAAAGAGUUGGAGAGGGUCUCAGAAGGUCACCAUAGCCAGGAUAAAAGCCUGAGUGGUCCGUGGUUGUUGUUUGUGUCUGAAAGUGGUGUUGGAAAGCGAGUUCCUCUUAGCAGGUUCCGCAUGUCAUCUCUAAGAAAAGUUGGUUUAAUAGGUUACAAGUUCUCUGCUGAGGAUCGCCUGGCUGCGGUGUUUGUAGUUGGGUUUUCAUUGGCAGAAGAUGGUGAAAGCGAUGAACAGAUUGUUCUUGUAAGCCAGAGUGGAACUGUCAACAGAAUAAAAGUUCAAGAUAUUUCUAUACAGUCGCGCUAUGCAAGGGGAGUUAUUUUGAUGCGGCUUGAACAUGCUGGUAAGAUUCAGUCCGCUUCCUUGAUCUCAGCAACAGAAACCGAGCCUGAAGAACUUGAAGCUGUUGCUGUAUGA